AUGGACUUUCAAGAUUUCCUGUACGAGCUCAAUGGCUGCAUCAGUGCGCCCGUACCCGAGUUCAUGGACAAGUACUUUGGCAAUGCCCGAGUAACUUCCAAAGCCACUACCCCAGAGAGUCUGCCGUCAAGCAAGAUUUCGUCCAUCCAGCCCGCGUCGGUCAACCCGGACAACUUUCCUCAAUGGUUUGUCGAUUUUGCUCAGACCAACAGGAGCGGCGCCCGGGGAUCAUGGAGUGUCACCGCAAAGGACAAUACGCACCAUGAAAGAGGGCUCCUGGGCGAUUGUACCCGACUUGCUUUCAGACUGCUCAACACCGACUCCGGAACCGUCAAAGAUGAUGCUGCAGUCCAAGCUGUUGGGCUUGUGUGUCCCACGGAUGCUAGUUAUCGCGACGGCCUUGUCGCCUUGUGCGCGUCUGCGCAGGCCGUCUUUUAUCAGCAACCCACACGUCUGUUUCUGCACGCGAUCUACAUUCGCGGCUCGUUGGUCGAAUUUUGGGUCCUUGAUAGGUCGGGGGUGUAUUGCAGCAAGGCUAUGGAUGUCCGUCAAGACGCAGAACAGUUUCUGUCCUUGUUCCAGUAUUACGAGAUGAUGACGGACCAAGAACUGGGCAUGAGCAGCAUUUUCAGCACCGAUGAUCAAGGCCAGUACAUUCUGCUGAAUGAGUACAAUGGCAUGACCGACAGGCUAUACGUCGAUACCACCCCAAUUGUGACACGACAAACACUGAUUGGGGCGGCCACGGUUGUUUAUCGAGCGAAGCUGUCUGGCUCAGACGGAUGGAGCCACGCUGUCAAGAUCAAGUGGUCAUCCGCAAACGCCCGGCCAGAGAAUGAGCUUCUGGAAAUCGCCAUGGAGAGAAAAGCUUGGGGCGCUGGCAAGCUUGUUCUCUAUCGUGAGUACGAGACUACGGCCAACCUCCGUCGCGGGAUGGGGUGCGGCGAGCAAAGAAGGCUUCCCACAGAAGUCACCGCCGCCGACGAACAAAACAAGGAGACAAAGACAGACAACGGCGAUAUUCCCGGCAUACUGCAGUUUACAGAAAAGACGAGGCGCUCCUUUGACAGCCGCACCCUUGUCUGCGUCGUCACGUCUCCUCUGGGCCGGCCCCUCCACACAUUCCAGACACGGCGGGAGCUGCUCGAAGCGCUCCGCGACGCCAUCAAGUGCCACAGAUCGCUGUAUUUAGACGCCAGUCUCCUUCACGGCGACAUCUCGCCCGGUAACAUGAUCAUCGCGGACAUCACAGGCGCGGGGCAUCCUCGGGGCAUCCUAAUCGACCUUGAGUUCGCCAUGCCGCGCGACCCGGCGCCGAAGCGGGACCCAAACGUGACGAUUGGCACGCUGCCGUUCAUGGCCAUUGGCUACAUGAACGGUGAGGCCAAAACAUACCGGCAGGACCUCGAGGCAUUCUUCUACGUGCUCCUGCACAUGAUUGUGGGCGACCGGGACAUGCAACUGCCGGCGGAGAGCCGGAUGCAGGCAUGGGCCCAGGGCGGCGGCGGCGCCGCCGGCAACGACGCCUGGCGCGCGCUGGCCGAUCGCAAACUGCGCGACAUGGAGCAUCACAGCUUUCGGCACAUUGUCAACGAGAUUCCACCCAAGUUUGCGUCGAUCAAGGCCUUGGCUGAGAGGCUGCGCGCGCUGCUGUUCCCGUCGCGGGACGGCAAGAUCUGGGCGGGCACUGACCACACGCCCGAAGCGGUUGAGGCGCUCUACGACGGCGUUAUUGCUGCUUUUGAUGAUGUCGUGGCGGCGGAAACGUAG